ACCGUCCCCAGUGAGUGGCAUACGGAGAGAGCUGGGCGGAAGGGCACUGUUAGAACUGCAUCUCUCUAUGUUCACAACCGCUCACUGUUCGUGGGUACACAAUCAUGAAUUGUCAGGUAAAGUGCUCCCAGUUUGAUCAGCCGUGUGCUGCGGCAGUCCAAAUUCACAUGAGGUAGAGUCUACAGAGAGUCUACCCGUCUUCAAAUCGCCAUGGAGGAUGAGAAUGAAUCCGAAUCCACGUACGGAGCCGCGACGGUUUCGUACGGGCAUAUGCCGGAGGUUGAGGCCUCAUCUCUCGGCUCUACCUUCGACAUCCCCGAGCUGCAUUUCCGAGUUCCCCGGGACAAGUACCACCUGGUUUACCUGGCGCUCCUGCUGGCUGGGGUUGGAUUUCUACUGCCCUAUAACUCUUUCAUCACUGAUGUGGACUAUCUCCACGCCAGAUACCCCGGGACUAGUAUCGUCUUCGACAUGAGCCUUACCUACAUACUAGUGGCGUUUGGAGCGGUUCUGGUAAACAACAGUCUGAUAGAGACUUUCGGUACACACACUCGCAUCACGCUGGGGUACGGACUCGCCUUCUUCAGUCUCGUCUUCAUCGCCAUCUUGGACGUCUGGCUGGAGGUGUUCGACAAGGACACGUCAUACGUCAUGAACCUACUGGCGGUGUCGGUCGUGGCCUUUGGAUGUACCGUACAACAGUCCAGCUUCUACGGCUACACAAGCAUGCUGCCCCCACGGUACACACAGGCCGCCAUGACUGGAGAGAGUGCAGCUGGAUUGCUCGUGUCCCUGAACAGAAUCGUGACCAAGGCCCUUGUUCAGGACAAGCGGACCAACACUGUCAUCUUCUUCUGCCUGUCCAUCUUCUUCGUGGCUGCCUGCUUCAUCUCUCACCAGCUGGUCAAGAGGUCAAAGUUCGUGCGCCAUCACCUGGCCGCCUGCGUGAGCGCUAGAAGCCCAGACGGAGUAGACGGCGCUUUUGGGGAAGUAAGAUUAGAAAUCCUGGAUUCAGAGCCGAAAGAAGCCCUGACGGAAUCUCCCGGCACAGUCAGUGACGAUGCCCAGGAGGAAGCGGAGGGAUCCCGACAGAAAUCCCUGCGGGUCCGAUUGAAGCAGACCAGAAGUAUCAAAAGAGGCCUACUUGUCAGGUGGCAGGUGUCCAAACAGAUCUGGACGUACAUGCUGGCCAUCGGAAGUGCGUACUUCAUCACCCUCUGUCUGUUUCCGGGGAUCGAGUCGGAGGUGACGAACUGCACCCUGGGAGACUGGAUGCCCAUCGUGCUCAUGGCCAUUUUCAACCUGUUCGACUUCAUCGGCAAGAUACUUGCGGCAGCCCCUGUGGAGUGGGAGGGCGGUUGGCUGGCCCUGGCCAGUUCCAUCCGGAUCCUGCUGGUUCCCCUGAUGAUGAUGUGCGCCGCCCCGCGGGAUUCGCCAAUCCUGCAGGGACCUGGUUGGUCCAUGUUUAUCUCACUGCUCUUGGGACUGACCAAUGGCUACUUCGGAAGCGUCCCCAUGAUUCUGGCUCCACGAGAGGUGGAAGACGAACAAAAGGAGAUCACAGGUAACAUCAUGAUGUUGUCAUACAGUUUGGGCCUGACAGCCGGGUCCGGGUUGGCCUAUGGUCUGAAGGCCAUACUGGGACAUGAGCUGACGUACGAUCCCUGUGCUGCUGCAAACACAACCUUCUACAACUCCACAAUACUAGUCUGAUUUGAUGUUGUUUAUCAUGUACAUUGUAUUGGUGUAUGUAAUAUCAUGUUUAUGAAGAACUCUGUUUUUAAGACAACGGUAUCUCUGUUUAUAAGACAACAGUAUCAUCCCUCGUCAGACUUAUUUGGAAAAGGGUCCUUGAUGGGCAGUUCACGUUUUUUUUUACACUUUCGAUAGUGACCCCUGCGUGGCCUCGUGGGCCAUCUUGUGGCUCCCGGGGUAUUUUGGGGCCCGGCCGGGCAUCAGGUUGAAUUUAAGUCGGGCUUAAAAUAAAUCCGGGACCCGGUAAAAAUGGACGCCUUGACCUACCCAUGAGGUGCACAGAGGGGUAACCACAGUAUCCGGCAGUGCACCGGGACAAAUUUGUGACUUCGGACCUACAUCCCUGACGGACACCGGUGCAAUUGGAACUUAAGUCUAAGGCUUGGUACAUGGAAUCCUCUACACAGUCGUCAUUGUCUUUGGUUGCUUUUUCAAAGUCACAUUUUGUUGGCCGCAUUUAUAUUAUCAGGUAUAUGUUUAUACACGGAUUUAAUAACCAAACGUACCUCGUUGUGUGAAUGUCAGUGGAAGGAACUGAACAUGUUCUUGAAGACAUGUUCUUUGUCCUCAGAUAGUAUACAAUAGUAUCAAAGAUUUCGUUAAAGUGUUCAGGAUUAAAAUUCUAUGUAAUCUCUGUAUUGUAUAUCAUAAUUAUACAUAGAUAUUCCGUUACGUAUUGCGAUAUUAUGAACUUUGUUAAAGUAUCACAUUUGGAAAAGUACGUUUUGAUAUUGUUGCGGUAUCCUAUCGUUGAAAUAAAGACUUGAAGUUGUCUCUGUUCAUGAUGUA